GUUGACAUGGCGGAGAACCUGCAGGGCGGCGGUACGGGUUGUUCGCAGCACCCAGUCCCUAGUGUGAGCCACGGCAGCUUCCCAGAGUACGAGCUUCCGGAGCUGCACACCCGGGCGUUCCACGUGGGCGCCUUUGGGGAGCUGUGGCGCGGCCGGCUCGGGGCCAGGGAUUUGUCGCUGAGCGAGCCGCAGGCAGCCGGGCAGCCUGCAGACCGAGGGGCGUCGGACAACAGCUUGGAGGAUGCUGCGGUGGCCCGGGAUCUGGGCUGCAGUCUGGAGGCGUCGGCAGAGCUGAGGGUCGUGUGCGGCCUUGAUAAACUGAGAUGCCUCGAAGAAGAUGAAGACCCAGAAGUCAUCCCCGAGAACACUGAUCUAGUGACUUUAUGUGUUAGGAAGGGGCUCUUGGACUAUCGAGAAGAGAACAUCACAAUAGAUCGCGCCUGUAGACAAGAAACAUUUGCUUAUGAAAUGGAAUCUCAUGCACUUGGGAAAAAACCUAAAAAUCCAGAAGACAUGAUCGAAGAAGGGGAGCUCAUCUUAUCUGUGAACAUCUUAUACCCUGUUAUAUUUAAUAAGCACAAAGAACACAAGCCCUACCAGACAGUGUUGGUACUGGGCAGUCAGAAGCUAACCGAACUGCGGGAUUCAAUCUGCUGUGUCAGUGACCUCCAGAUUGGCGGAGAAUUCAGUAGCACUCCAGACCAAGCCCCGGAGCAUAUCAGCAAAGACCUAUACAAAUCAGCCUUUUUUUAUUUUGAAGGAACCUUUUACAAUGACAAAAGGUACCCAGAAUGCAGAGACUUAAGCAGAACUAUUAUAGAAUGGUCAGAGUCCCAUGAUCGAGGAUAUGGAAAAUUUCAGACUGCUAGAAUGGAAGAUUUCACGUUUAAUGACUUGAAUAUUAAACUUGGCUUUCCUUACUUAUACUGUCACCAGGGAGACUGUGAACAUGUUGUUGUUAUUACAGACAUAAGGCUUGUGCAUCACGAUGACUGCUUGGAUAGAACACUUUAUCCCCUUCUUACCAAGAAGCAUUGGCUGUGGACCAGAAAAUGUUUUGUUUGCAAAAUGUAUACAGCAAGAUGGGUGACGAACAACGACACCUUUGCACCAGAGGAUCCAUGUUUCUUUUGUGAUGUCUGUUUCAGAAUGCUCCAUUAUGAUUCUGAAGGCAACAAACUAGGGGAAUUCCUUGCUUAUCCUUAUGUUGACCCAGGAACCUUUAAUUAGUACCACAAAUAUAUAUAUAUAUAUAUAU